CAAUGCAACACUUCCAGGGGAAUUUACAACAGGCAUGUUUUUAGCUGCCAUCAAAGGAGAGUCCACAUCAUCACAUUGUCUUCCCAACCAAAAUACUUCAGCGUGUCUGGGAGUGUCUGCAGAGUUGAUGAGUGGAGAGGAACCGGCUGGUGCUGAGGCUUCCCAGGUGUGUGGAUCGCUGCAGGGCAGAGGAGCCAUGUACCAACACCUGGAGAGAAGAAAGCAGUUUAAAAGGUUGUCUCUUAAAAGUGGCCUACCGGAGUACAUGGAUGCCAACAAAUGCAUUGACGAGCUUCUCAAACAGCUCGAGGAAGAGCGACGAAAUGUCCGAAGGGAAAAGCUGGCUGUGGCUCGCCUGGAGAGGGAAGUCGCACGGAGCAAGAGUGAAGGAACAAUGCGAGAAAAGCUGAUCCACGAGCUAGAGGAAGAGCGACGCCUGCGACUGGAGAGCGAGAAGCGUCUCCGGGAAGUGACGGAGGACUCGGAGCAGGGACGGGUGCAGAUGGUCUCACUGCAGCAGCAAUUUUCCAGGAUGGAAGAGACGGUGCGGUCCCUGCUGCAGAAUCAGGGCGUCCUGGAGCAAACUGCUGUGGACACAGUGGACAUCAUGAAGGCCUAUAAGGAUAAACUCUCUGAGGAAGUUCAGAAACUACAGGAGGAAAGCCGCCUCGAACGGCCGGCGACUCAAGAGGUGCCRGAUCCCCAACAGGACACCAAGGAGGACAAAACCAAGCCUCUCCUGGAGCGCCUCAAGACCUUGGAGGAGGAGAACUCUGCUUUGGCUUCGCAGAAUGAGAGCCAGAGGGAGCAGUACGAACGCUGUCUGGAUGAGGUUGCCAAUCAAGUCGUGCAGGCACUUCUGACGCAAAAGGAUUUAAGAGAGGAAUGUCUGAAGCUGCGAACACGAGUCUUCGACCUGGAGCAGCAGAAUCGGGCGCUGAGUGUUUUGUUCCAGCAGAAGAUCAAGCCCGCGUCAGACCUGCUUCUCCAGGACGAUCAGUCCAAUGGAAAGGCAGGUCUCCCAGUGUCAAAGUGUCUGAGCCAGCUGAGUCUGAUGGUCCCGGCGCCCGUCUACCCACGCAGCAGCUGCAGCAGCAGUGAGCUGUCCCUGUCAAGUGCAUGCAGUGAAUUCUCCAGCGGCUCGUACACCUGGAAUGAUGGACGCUCCUGUGGGAAAAUGUCAUCUCUAACCUGGGAGAAGAGGCUGAGUUUGGGUUCGUCAGCUCCAAGUAAUAUCUGUGCGCCUCCAGAGGAGCAGCCACCCACGAGGUAUAAAGAGAGCCACAUCUUAGAAGGACUGAGGAAACUCCAAAGGAGAAAACACAGGAACUCCUCCAGUUCGUCUAAGGUCUCCAGGUCAGGUUACAAAGACUGCAUGAACUCCAACGAGGGCAUCUACUCUCUGGGCAUCAAGAGUAGCAGCAAAGGGGUUUCGAAGUCAAGCCAUGUUGUCAGAACUUCAGCUGCUCGAUGCAAGCAGUUCUUCUAUGAUUCUGAUGAUGCUGAUGAUGAAUUGGCACAAUCCAGCUGUAGGGAUAACAUCCCCACCAAGGACUGUUGGUUUCAAUGUAAGAGGCUCUCCCACAGCAUCUCRGACAGUUUGUGUAGCUGGGAGGGGACGCAGGAAAGUGGGGCUGGAGGUGAUGGUACCUCUGUUCCUGCRGCUGAGAAACCCUGUUUGUCUGACUCAAAAGAGCAUCCAGAGAAGCUUGUGAGCUUCAUUAACAGUUUUCUACCUGAAGGGGGACACAAAUCAGCUUUUAGUAAACCAUCCAAACUACACUUCCACCCCUCUGAUCCAGAAAGACCAAAACGCCUCUCUGACAUGGAUKUCUCAGAACUCAAGCCUGAGUACAGCGAUGUCCAAAUGUCUCAGCCACCSGAGCAAGCUGAGAGGGACCUCAGGAGGCUGUCCCGGGAYGCUGCCAAGCUCCUCAAACAAAAAUACUUACGUCGGGAUCAGGGACGCACCCAGUCAGCUGAUGGGCGGCCAACACCUUUCAGCCUGUUGAAGGAGCCGAAAGAAACUAAGUGCACCCAGUCCGAAGAGAGUAUAUUAGCAAUAUUUGAUGCAGAAGGAGAGCCUAUUGAACUGUGUCCCCAGAAGCUUGUAGCAGGUACAGACCAUGUACAAAGCAUCAAAGUGGUUCCUAAUUAUGCAGAGCUAGUACCCCAAGAGAGGCCAACAAGGCAAAAAUCUGCAAAUGCAAGAAACUAUAGUGUUCUUGAAUCUCCAGAAAAGCCCUCAGAAUGUGAGACUAGCAAUACAAGCAACAGCAGGGAGGGAAGUGCRGAGAGGCUGUCAAUGGAGCUGACUCCUCAGAGGAAACUAAUCAAACCUCCGAGCAGCCGAGUGAGUAAAGUCCACUCCAUCCCUGCAGUGGGCGAUGCCAAGUCCAGCAGUUCAAAGAUUCCUGGUCGUAACAAACCAUCAGCRUCGCCAUUGAGACAGUCUAAAACAACUGAGCCGAGUAAUAAUGGACACUCAGGACCCCCAGCUGAGGAGAAGUUCUCCUCUUCUCCAGCAGUGAAAAUGUCCAGAUUUAUUAAGACACAGGGAACUUGUUCACAAAGCCCAAAGGUUAUAAACUCCAAGCUCACCAACAGGGUCGAGUGGAGCAAGGGUCCCUCUUCCAGCUCCCCCCMGCUUCCGAGGAGGCACCUGGAAUAUGCAGACACUAGUGAGCAACCAACUAGAGACAAACACUGUGAACCCAUCAAAAACAAACUCAGGUCUCCCUCUCCUCCCCUUCCCCCAGGCCGCACCACCUCCUUACUGAUCAGACCAAAUUACGAAGGUUCGCCUCAAGCACAUAAAACGGGGAUGGCUCAACCAUCCACACCAACCACUGGGAGGGGCCCUCCCCCAAGUUACCACACUUCACUCGCACCAAAUAUGCAAACCACUUUACCCAUCAAGGAUAAAGACUGCUCAGACCUGGACGCAGGCUAUGGAACUGCACUUGCACCUCAGAAGCUGGCAGAGAAAKCCUGUCAGCACCUUCAAAAGUCCCUCGUCAUGACUCAGACACCCACUAAAGGCACUUCCAAACGUACGAAAGACUACCUCCCUUCUGCAAACUCAGGGUGUGCUCGAGAACCUGAAAAUGCACCUAGAAGCUCAAAGAAUGUCCCCCCUCCCUACAGUGCCCUCAGAGGGUCUUCCCUUCAGAYUUCAUUUGCGAAUAAAAAAGGACCUGCUCAUGAAAACACCCAUCAGUCAGUGCAAAAGACCUCCAUUAGUUUACCUAUAUCCCUUCAAGACCCCCCUCAAUGUCAGACAGAACCGCAGGAUGGCAAAGCUGUUGUCAGCCCUCCCAACUCUGCUGUUAUGUCACCUAACCAAGCCGAAAGAGCCUCAAAGACUCGAAUUCCAAUGGGAUUUAAAGCCUUUUUGAAAUCCCCUCCUACCAAUAAAAGUGGUCCUACUGUACCGGGCAAACAAGARAAAGAUCAUAUCAACUCUGUCUCCAAGGGGACUGCGACUUCAAAUGCUUCAACCCAGUGUGACAGCCUGCAAGCGGCAUAUAAUAUUGAUUCACCACCCAAGGUGUCUGCUGCAGAGGGGAAAGGUGAGGUCCAGUGUCGCCUGCAGGAAGAGGAUKUACACACUGCUGUAUUGUCAGAGGAGGGGGAUGCUUGCGAUAAGGGGAAAAGGAGUAGUCAACUUUUUGGUAGAUCCAUAUCUGUUAAUACAAAAACCCAUCUAAAGCCAGCUUUGGGGAUGAACGGAGCCAAAGCGCGUAGCCAGAGCUUCAGCACCAACUACAUUGAGAAACCCAGUGUCAAUGUGCUGGAAGGGCCAGGGAGAAUCCGAACGCAAAUAAUCACCAACUCCAGUGAGAGGGGGAAUUCUCUGACAAGACAAARUUCUUUAGAAGCACCCAUGGUACGGGUGGCUGAGAGCCCUAUCCAUUCCCCCCGGACAAGGCUCAGUCUCUACGGAGGAAUGACAGGGUCAAAUAGUCACAAUGUCCUCCCAGAGAAAACGCCCAAAUCAGGCUCUGCAGGUGAUGGAUUGCUAGACGGAGGGAAAGGGGAGGGCGCCACCUCACCUUCUCAUAAAGGGGCAAGGAGUUUACCCGUAAGCGAAAGGAAUAGUUUCAACAAUAUCCGAAAACCAUCAAAAGUAGCCUCUCAUCCACAGUUUCAGCCUCYGUCCAGUUCUGUUUAUAACUGGGAAAGCCCUUCAAAGGAGACCGAAGGCGUAGCGACCACCCCUAAUGAGCAAGUAAAAACUAAGACGGAGUCACCCAGCAAACCCACAGACACGGAGGAGAAAAAGAUCAGCCCGACAGCGUGCACCAUCGAAGAGAAAGUCAUGAUGGGCAUUGAGGAGAAUUUGCAGAAAUGCCAAGAGCAGGAGAAGGUAGCCGCCAGCGAGGCCAAACAGAAGACGGGGCCUUCGCUGGCGAACUGGUUCGGCCUCCGCAGGAGCAAACUCCCAGCUCUGAGCGGCAAAAAGGCCGACUCCCCCAAAGGAAAAGAGGAGAAGAAAGAACUGAAGAUCGGCUCGGUACUCGGAGGCAAACAGUUGAAGUMUGACAAGAAGAAGGAGAAGAAGAAAGAGAGCCAGGACAUGCCCAAUCUGUCUGAGAUGAACAAUAAGCUGAGCUCCAUCAUGGACCAUUGCAACAACCAGAUGGGUCAGUUUGCCAGUCAGAUCCAGUGUACAACCGCCUUUAUCGGCAAAGACCAGUUCGUCAAGGACCUUCUUGGCAGGACCGCUGUGAAGGUCGGCUCCGUGGCCGCGCCGCCGCCUGCCGUCUCCACGCCCAAGAAACACGGCGAGCUGAAGGGCGACAUGCAGAUCUGUCCAGACGCUGCUACCCUUUUAAUGUCUCAGAAGAUCAGUCUUAAAGGUGAAAAGGAGGAGGGACACAUCCCCGACUCAGCGUGUCAAGACCACAUGAUCGACUCCAGCUGUCAGAUGAGAACUCUGGACAGUGGCAUCGGCACCUUCCCCCUCCCUGAUUCCGUCACCCGAGCCAGCGGUCGCCACAUCCCCAAAUCYGAAUCCAGCCCGGGUGCGGUGACCGCCAGCUCCUCCGAGCUCCGACAGGAAUCGUCAUCUUCUCACCCCGACCCCUCACAACCUGACGUGAAAGUGCCUUCCCUUCCAAAACCCCACCUGCACACCCCUUCCACCACCUUGGGCCACUCCCUGUCCGACCCCACUGUGAUCUGCAGCCGAAACACCCAGGAGACACAGAGCCGCCUGCCCAAACUGGCAUCAUCAGAUGCAAUCAGGACAAAGAGGUUGAGUCUUGGUGCCCAAUGCAGCAACAUCGCAGGUUCUACUGAAGACAAGGAAAAAGAAAAGGAGAGGAAGAUAAAACCCAAGGAGCCCGAUACAACCGGUCAAACAACCCUUCGAGUGUGCAGGUACUCUGGCAGCAGCAGCGACACCGAGACCGAGUCGGAGCAAACAGGAAGCACCGUGUCCUCGCCGCAAAGAGCCCCGAUCGACAGAACCAAGAGAACUGACUCUGCGGAGCUGAGUGAGGACACUCUGAAGAGGCGAAGCGUGGAGAGAUCCUUGUCGAUUAUGGAUUACUACCAACACGAGGUGUUCAAGGACAGCAGGAGGAUUUCCCAGUACAACUUGUUGCACAAAGAGUCAUCUCUCGAUGCCAAAGCAGGAGAAUGGCUCAGUAAAGAGGCUCCAGUGGAGAAGACGCCCACGAGUCCCAAUCAUCCGACCUCUCUGGACGUCUCCCUGAACGACCUGAAUCACAGCAGCUCCGACGGCUCGUACCCCGACAAGAGCUUGGCCGGCCUCCGAGGCGAUACGGGGAGCAGAGCCGACGAGCCCCUGUCCACCUCCAGCUUCGCUGGGAGAACCAGGACGGACCCUAUGGGCUCACUCAGUGACUCGCUCUACGACAGUUUCUCCUCCUGUGCCAGCCAGGGCUCCAACGGUGUAUGAGGAGGUCGAGCUUUUUAUUUUUUUUUCCUCUUAUAACUCAGUGGAUUUACGGUUUGAAAUACUGAAUGGUACAACAGAUGAAUGAGGUGGAUUUUCAAGUCUUUUUUAAUGUUUCUUUAUUUGUUUUGGUGAGAAAAGCGUGAUUUUUUUUUUGGCAGCCAGGUCACCAACAAGUUUCUAGACCUUUCUGUGGCAAAAAACAAGACUGUUCAGUUUCUCAGUUUGUAGAAAAACCUGCGAGGUUUCUGAAGAACAAACCAAACGUAUCUCCCAAAUCUAACCAAGCUGGUUUGGUCCAUAAAUUUAACCAGAUUUAAAWGUAUUUUUAGGACAAAUAUAAGGUGAUUUGGAACGGAUCAGGUAGCAACCUUUGUUUACUGGGUGAAGGUUUCAGCACUUAUUCUAUCACCAACUUAAAACUUUUUAAUGUGAACUGGUUUGUUUUAUUGAAACAGUGAAGGCUGCAUAUGCCUUUACUUUUCUUCAUUUUUUUUACUUGAGUGACUGGGUUGGUUUCUAUAGUUGGUUUUGGUCUCAACAUUUUUGGACCUUAGCAGCCRUUUCCACAACAAAGCCCUUUAAUUGAAUGAAAUGAAGCACUUUGCAGCACUAUAAAAACUCAAGCAUCUUUUUCCUCGAAAUCAGUGUAGAUUUUAUGAAAACAUUUUAGCUGAUUUUUUAUAC